GGUUCCACCAGGAAUGUCUUUUCCCUGUUGUGUGUUUCAAGGACUCUAGUUCACCCUUUAGACGGCAAAUCAGAAGUCUCUGCUCCUGUUGUACUCCACACACACCUUUAUUGGGGGCAGUUUUACAACUGGUCUACAUUUAUCAAUUUAUGUUUCACUCUGUCUUUCAAGCUAUGAAUCUACAUCAGAAGGGCAAAGUCCAAGAUUUAGUCAUGUUUGUAUUUCUAGCACAUCACGAAUAUGCCAUAAAUGUUUCUCAAAUGGCCAAACAACUAUAUUUUAUGUUAGAAAGCAGCUUUCAGUUUUUCUUAAAAAUAGCAGCAAGAUGAUUUUGGUAUCUCCCUUGUUUUCUGUAGGAUAUGAUCAUCAUGGCACCUGUAUUACUGAUACUUUUGGGGGCCACUGAGAUACUGCAAGCUGACUUACUUCCUGAUGACAAGAUUUCACUUCUCCCACCUGUCAAUUUCACCAUUAAAGUUACUGGUUUGGCUCAAGUUCUUUUACGUUGGGAACCAAAUCCUGAUCAAGAGCAAAGGAAUGUUAAUCUAGAAUAUCAAGUGAAAAUAAACGCUCCAAAAGAAGAUGAUUAUGAAACCAGAAUCACUGAAAGCAAAUGCGUAACCAUCCUCCACAAAGGAUUUUCAGCAAGUGUGCGGACCAUCCUGCAGAAGGACCACUCACUCCUGGCCAGCAGCUGGGCUUCUGCUGAACUUCAUGCCCCACCAGGGUCUCCCGGAACCUCAGUUGUGAAUUUAACUUGCACCACAAACACUACAGCAGAUAAUUAUUCAUAUUUAAGGCCAUACCAAGUUUCCCUUCACUGCACCUGGCUUGUUGGCACAGAUGCCCCUGAGGACACGCAGUAUUUUCUCUACUAUAGGUAUGGCUCUUGGACUGAAGAAUGCCAAGAAUACAGCAAAGACUCAAUGGGGAGAAAUAUCGCAUGCUGGUUUCCCAGGACUUUUAUCCACAGCAGAGGGCGUGACUGGCUUGCAGUGCUUGUUAACGGCUCCAGCAAGCACUCUGCCAUCAAGCCCUUUGAUCAGCUGUUUGCCCUUCAUGCCAUUGAUCAAAUAAAUCCGCCACUGAAUGUCACAGCAGAGAUUAAAGGAACUCGUCUCUCUAUCCAAUGGGAGAAACCAGUGUCUGCCUUUCCAAUCCAUUGCUUUGAUUAUGAAGUAAAAAUACACAAUGCAAGGAACGGAUAUUUGCAGAUAGAAAAAAUGAUGACCAAUGCAUUCAUCUCAAUAAUUGAUGAUCUUUCUAAGUAUGAUGUUCAAGUGAGAGCAGCAGUGAGCUCCAUGUGCAGAGAGGCGGGGCUCUGGAGUGAGUGGAGCCAACCUAUUUAUGUGGGAAAAGAUGAACACAAGCCCUUGAGACAGUGGUUUCUCAUUGUGCUUAUGGCAACCAUCUGCUUCAUCUUGUUAAUUCUCUUGCUUAUCUGUAGAAUAUGUCAUUUAUGGAUCAAGUUGUUUCCACCAAUUCCAGCACCAAAAAGUAAUAUCAAAGAUCUCUUUGUAACUGCUAACUAUGAGAAAGCUGGUUCCGUUGAGACAGAAAUUGAAGUCAUCAGUUAUAUAGAGAAGCCUGGAGUUGAGACCCUGGAGGAUUCUGUGUUUUGACUGCCACUGUGGCAUCCUCUGAUGAACUCACACACACAUGCCUCAGUGAAAAGAAGAACAGGGAUGCUGGUUCUUGGCUAAGAGGUGUUCAGAAUUUAUGGAAUAUUCAAUUUAGCUGCGAAGCAAUACACACAGACACAUCAGUCUUAUAUCCCUUAAAAGUAUGGAUGCUUCAUCAAAAUCUCCUCGCCCACAGCAGGGCAGUUGAUUCAUCCAAGCAUUUUGCCAUGUUUUUUCUCACCACUCCGAACAGGGUAGCACCUCCUCACCUGCCGAUCUUUGCAAUUUGCUUGACUUACCUCAAACUUUUCUUGCACAAGAGACAGCUUUUAAGGCUAACAUUCAGCUAUCUUUACUUCUGGCAGUGCCCGUUUGGUUGUUUAAGCUGCCAGUGGUAGCACUCAGCUACCAUCUGAGGAAGAAAGCAUUUUGCACCAGCUUGGAGUGAAUCAUGAACUUGGAUUCAAGACUAUCUUUUCUAUAGCAAGUGAGAGCCACAAAUUCCUCACCCCCCUACAUUCUAGAAUAAUCGUUUUAUAGGUAGAGAGAGAGAGAGAGAGAGAGAAAGAGUGUGUGUGUGUGUGUGUGUGUGUGUGAGAGAGAGAGAGAGAGAGAGAGAGAGAGAGAGAGAGAGAGAGAGAGAGAAAUUAUCUCAAGCUCCAGAGGCCUGAUCCAGGAUACAUCAUUUGAAACCAACUAAUUUAAAAGCAUAAUAGAGCUAAGAUAUCACCCCAUAUUAAAAGAGAGGACAGGAUUUCGUUCAAAUAUACAUUCUUGAAGGAAGACUUAAUAUUCUGGAAAUAUGCUGAGAAAGUCAUUGAGCAUAAUUCAAUCAUGAAAGGGAUCACUGAAUCAAGAAGGAACUUUCUGAAGAGAUGUUUGCUGCCAAAGGCUUCAGAGCAACUCAAGUAAUGCCAGGUCAAUCCUAGUCUCUCAAGUUUGGAAAGGUUUCUACAAGGCCAUCCCAUCAAAUAUCCCAAUCUAUACAGAAGUUCUUCUUCCUAACAUCUUCACAUAUGAGUCUGCAUCCAGAUUGGAGGCCUUUGUGAUGGGUGAUGAACUACAGGUGGAACCAAGUACAGGUGUGUCCUGGGCAGAGAUGGGCCAGAGGAAGGAACCCAAACAGUGUUGAUUCUACAUGGCCCUGGGUCAGGAAGCUGAAGGCUGAGAAAGGAGGUAACAGUGCCCAGAAUUCCCACAUGGCACACUCUUUAAAUGCUUUCUGGAGUUGUUUUAGUCAGUCUUGAUCCAUCAGUGGGGACACAUUGAUCACCAUAUAUUUCCAGGUUUGUUUUCUUAACUAACCUAUAAUUAUCCACUAUAACUAGCAGAGGGUUGAACCCUGGGUAAUAACCUAUAAUUAUCCACUAUAACUAGCAGAGGGUUGAACCCUGGGUAAUAACCUAUAAUUAUCCACUAUAACUAGCAGAGGGUUGAACCCUGGGUAAUAGGCACAGAGACAGCUUAAAUCUUGACAAGCCUGAACUGUCUUAUAGUGAUCUGUAUUACUGUUCCAUUUUAUAAUUGCAGUUACUAAGGUUCGGAGAAGUUGAUAGGAAAUCGCAUAGUGAGGAGUUGAAUACCAGGCUCAGGGGAAAGUGACCCCAGAAAUGUGGGGAGGAGUGUCAGGGAAAGCUGAGGCCUGCUUAGGGGUGUGGCUGAGAAGGCAAGGCCCAUGGAGGUGGUGCAAUAAUUGGCAAAAUGUUUAAAAUGUUUGGUCACUCGAAUGAUUCAGAAUCUCAGACCUGCUUUUGUUGUUGUUGUUGGGGGUGGGUGGAGACAAUCUUGCUCUGUCACCCAG